AUGGAUCAGUAUAGACCGAGCGACUGGACGGAUUUGCAUUGGGCAGUGUGGUGCCAGGAUGCGGACAAAGUCAAAGAGCUGCUGGCCUCAACAAACCCGGACAUCGACACCCGCGAUAAGAUCGGAUGGACGCCACUUCACUUGGCUUGUUGUGCCGAAGACUCUCUUCUAUGGAAAAACCAUCAAUUGGCAUUGCGAGGCCUGAGCCUACAACGCCACGAUUCCCCCGGUGCUCAACUCACGUCCAGGCCUGGAGCUGCCGAGAGGUACACUCUUUAUGCUUACACCUCCUCACGAUAUGCCACACGCGACCGGGAGCGCCCCGAAGGCACUGUCGCGUUCAUAAUCGCGUUAGAUUUGCUCCAGAAUGGAGCUGAUGUCACUGCCUUGGCCCAAGAAUUUUGUACUCCGCUUUACUGUGCCGCCAACUCAGGUUGGGUUGAUCACGUCGACAUUCUCCUAUCCUUCGGUGCUUCGCUGGACCGCGGGAAGUCCUGCUCUCCAGUGUGCUGGAGCACAGGCACACAAUGUCUUCACUACCUCCGAAAGAAAGUUGGGUUUGAUACGUGGAGCAAGAUCCGGGAGAAGUGCGACGGUCCGUGCCACAGAGAAACCCUUCCUGCCUUCUCUUCGGUGCCCGACGCUUUCAACACUUGGUACUUUGGCGAAUUUUUGCUCAACCGUUCGAAAGGAUGUUUGCCGGGGGCGAGGAACAGUGUCGCUAUCGAUACGGUCGCACACCCAUGUUCCCUCUGCGAUUCUCUGUCUCUCGAGUACCUGUCCUCCCCCGGUGGCUUUUUACAUGCAAAGUCACUAAAGGAGCUCGGACAGUCGUCGGUUCGAUGUGAGGGCUGUCGCUUUUUCCUCUCUUGUUUCGAUGCCCACCGCGAUAUUGACAACGACAACGGCAUCUGCCAGGUGAUCCUGAGAAGAGGCCUCUCACCGAAUAUAAGAGGUGCCGUCACCUACUUAAGGGUACAGCUAUCCUGUGGCUGUUUCUGCAACUCUCCAGAGGACAUGCCGUUUCGGUCACUCAACUUUGCACGCUGUAUGGGCAAGUGCAGUGCCUUUCUGAUGGAAGACAUCAGCGUCGAUAUUUUCACAAGCGACUUCAAAAAUGCGUCCAGGUACGAUGGGCUGAUGUACGGCAAAAUUCCAGAGGAGAAUGCCCGAUCAGCUGGAUCGAUCGCAACAACAAGGACGUGGCUACGCCGCUGCGAGACUUAUCACAUACGAUGCCGCAAUCGGAUUGCCGAACAAGCUGAUGAGCCUCCGAGUCGGUUGAUCGACGUCUCUUUGCUAGCUCGUACAGGCACCGUUCGGCUUGUGGCCGGAAGCCCAAACACAGGGAGAUAUACAGCUCUCAGUCAUCGAUGGGUUUCAGGACCGACGCCCUCGUGGGCAACUACAAGGUCGAACGUUGAAAAGAGGUUUCAGCGAUUUGAAUUGCUGGAGCUACCCAACACUAUACAAGAUGCUGUCACCUACACCAGUGAACUUGGGCUAUCAUAUCUUUGGGUUGACUCUUUGUGUAUCAUCCAGGAUGAUGAGGCUGACUGGUCCAGUGAAAGCGUUCAGAUGCUCAAGGUAUUUGGCAAUGCAGCCAUUUCUUUCUUCAGCGACAGCGCCCAAAACGACGACUACUCCUUCCUCGCGAAUCGUCAGCAAGGAAGUUUCCAGCGGAGAACCGGCGUUUCCUUGACUAUCGUGACUGCUAACGGUCCUGUCCAGACCAGCCUGGUCAAGAGGUAUUCACCGUACGAACUUGCGCUGCCUGCAAGAGCAUCAGAUUUAUUUCAAUCCGACGUUGUCCACUCACCUCUAUCGACACGAGCAUGGAUUCUACAGGAGCAGCUUGUUUCACGCCGCCGGCUUCACUUUGGAGAAUUCCAACAAUAUUGGAUAUGUGGAGAAGUCUGUCAAGCUGAAGAUGGAUCCGACCUUUCAGCCUUCGUUCCGUCUUGGUUCCGGUGGACCUCCCCGAAAACCGACAUCCUUAAGCGGCUCGAUCCGAGCAACAUCGAGCAUCGGCAACACAAUCUAUGGGCUCAGCUGGUAGAGAACUAUACACAUCGGUCGUUGACUAGACGACAAGACCGUCUUCUUGCCCUGUCCGGACUGGCAAGGCUAUCUGCCCAGCUCUACUCGGAUCGAUAUCACGUUGGAUGUUGGACGAGGUGCAUUGGGCGCAAUUUACUCUGGGUUUCCGUAUUGAAGCACCCUCCGCGGAAAGCAGAGGACCUGUCGUCGCCAUCGAACCGAAGAGCCUGUCUUCUCAAGGGAAUACCAACUUGGUCGUGGAUUGCUGCUGACGGCGCUGUGGAAUAUCCACAUCUCCGACGGGGCAACGGUGAGGCGGACUGGGUCAAGCUCCAGUACGACGUCAUCUCACCCCCCAAAUGUGUCUAUGGAAAUGCAGACAUUUUCAGCGCAGCUCCAAAGCACUGCUCAAGCUUAGUCCUGCGAGGCGUCCUCCAUCCCGCCACUGUCGGCGAAGCACGCGAUAUCACCUUUGGUAGCGCAGAAGCGCCAUAUUGGUAUCGGAAAUCCACCGACUUUCAAGGUCGAUACCUCCGGCUUCACGACGGUGAUGGCCAACUUCUGGGUUCAAUGAUCCCAGAUCGUGUUUGCGAGAAACUCGCGGACCGAGUCUUCCUCCUGACUGCCUGGGAGCUGGAGGGGAUGUGUCCUUGCUGCCAGAGAUAUAAGUCCAGGUAUCGGCACUUUCUGGUCCUGCAACCAACGCACAAAUCUUGGACCAUAUACUAUCGACGAGUGGGUUAUGGCUGGUCGUACAACCGAACACUGUGCCACCAAGCCUACGAAGUGGAUAGAGCGUACUACAGGAGGUGGCAGGCAGCACCAGAGACCAUCCACCUUUUAUAA